GCAGUUCUUACCACUUCAUGGCAGCUCCUGCCACGAACGUACCACGCCGUCUCUUGCCAUGGUUAUUAGCAAACCGUGGCAAGUGUGUAUAUACCGCGGCGAUGGCAAAAAGUACUGCCGUUACCGCGGCAGCUUUGCCAUGGUUUCAGGGCAGCUUCGGAAAAUAUUUACCGGUAUGCCUUAUUACCAUGUAUGUUGCAGUAUCUGGGGUUUUUGUACUAUGGAUAAUGGCAGGUGAGUAUGGUAUCAAUGUGCCUCAUUAGUGCGUUGCGACUUUGGUAAUUUCAGUUACAGAGUCGUAAGAUUUGUGAGCUGUUAUCCAUGCAAGCCUCUGUCUUUUAACAAUCACUCUGACUUUUUGAUAGCUAGAUAGUCUGCCAGUACAGCAGUAGGGUAAUGCCAGAAUGCGGUACCGGUAAUCUAGGUACCUUACUGCCCUAUUUCUGUAUCUCCAAAUUUCAAGUAUUCACGAGGUAGCCUACGAUAAGUUGAAUUAUAUUUUAAUUUGGAUGUGUAGACUAUGUGUACUGAAGUAUCUACCAGUAUCUUCAUAUAUGUUUAGAUCUUGAAACACCUUAUUAAGUAAUAAAUGGCAGAUACUUAUUUUAAGACAAAAUCAGAAAAUUUUGAUGAUUUGUGCAUAAAAGUGAAUGAUUUUUACCAAUGCAUACUAUGUAUCGGAGUAUCAUUUACAACACCAGGUGGCUUUCAACACCACCUGAAAACUCAACAUAUCAAAUAUGCUGUUCAUAUCAUCAAUGGGGAUGAAAGAGCUUUCAUUAUGCCUUGUAGAAGAGAUUGUAUGAAGCGAGGAACAAGUGCUUUGACCAGGAGUCACUAUCAUUGUCCCUCCUGUGAAAAAAUAUUUGGACGGAGAAAUUCUAUGAUUGACCACAGGAGGCUUACUAAGAAUUGUUUGGGUGUGAUUGAAAGUGAAGAAGUCAGGGAUAUGGACAUAGAUUCUAAAAACAAAAGUUCAGAAAGUCUAUGUGAAGGUACUUUCAACUUUCAAUGCAUACCUUGUGACAAGCGCUUUAGGCAUCAGUCGUCAUUGAGGCGACAUGCUCAACUUAAACACAAUGCAACUCAGCUUUUACCGAGCGUAUGUGUUGACACAUUCAAUGGAAUCUAUAUGGUUGCUCAAAGUGAUUCUGGCCCACUUGCUCCAAUUCAUGUUCAAAAGCACACAUUGAAACAAAAAAUUAUGUGCACUGAUGGCGACUGUAUUUCAAUUAUCAAAGCCAUUUCAACAGUCAAUCCAGGAAUCCAAUGUCGACAUUUGGACUCUAUCUCUGAAUCUUCAAUUUUAACGACAAACAAACUGCAACUGUCAUCGCUAAACCGACUAAGGGAAUUUAAUAUAUUGAAUGAUUCGUCGGUUCAAUGGUGCAAAAAUAUGAAGGAAAUCAGUGAAAAGGAUUGCUGCACUCUUGUAGCCCUUGUUGAUUUUUCAACAAUGGGUUUCGAAACAAGAACAAUCUAUUUUUCCGUUUACACUGAAAAAAUUCAAUAUUUUGCACCAUUGAAGAGGGUAAGAGUUUCUUUCAAUAAAGAUAAUGGGGAAUUUUCGUGCCUUUGUCCAACCUCGGGCAUGAGUUCGACAUGUUACCAUGAGGCUGUAGCGAAGUGGUGUUUAUUGGAGCAACAACCUGAAUGGAUCAAGCACCCUUCCAGGUUUAUUUAAAGCAUUUUAUACAUAAUAGGUGUAUUUUCUUUUAUAAUGAAUUAUAUUCUGCAGUAGUAUUAGUUAUAUAAUCCAAAAUAUUCACCUCAUCUUUCCUUUCUACCAGCAAUAUUACUUAGUAGCAUGUGUGCUUCCUUGUUUUAUUGGACAGAUUGGUCAAAUGCCAUAUAUUUUGGUAAUUGUCUGAAUGAUAGUUUUUUGAGCAAUAGCUGAUCUCCUUCUAUAUGACAAUACUUUGAUUUUAUGAGGUUAUUAUGAGGCGUUAUUAUUCAAUGAAUGAUUCAGUUUUGUUAUCAGUCAUAGCGUUGCAAUUACGUGUUACUGAUAAUGCUAUGCAUAAUAUUAUCUUCAGACAUACAGAAAUUAUGGAAGUCAACUCAUAGGAAUAGGAUUGAGUGUGUAGUUGGAGAUACAAAGAAAGGGCUAGACAAGGAGUGUAUGUGCCUUCUUGAGGGUGACAGCUAUCUUGAUGAUAAAAUAAUAGAUGGAAUAAUUGCAGCUCUUUGUCAUAAGUGGACCAGUCAUACUCAAUAUAGCGCUCUGUCUGCAUUAUAUUCCACAAUGUGGUUUUGGGAGGGGAUUUAUCGUCGAAAGUACAAAAGUUUGGCCAAGUUGACUAUUGAAAAACCAACUAUGAGUGCUGUGAACCAUGGCAAUCACUGGACUCUAAUGAUUACAGAUCCAUCUCAAGGGAGUGUCACUAUUUAUGACCCUGUUGGCCAUGAAGAGAGUUAUGCUGAAACGCUGAUGGAGAAUUGGAGGAAAUACCAUGGAGGUGACAAAAGAGAUUGGAGACUGUUAACAAACAAGCAUAGUGAACAAGAAGAUGGGUUUAAUUGUGGAAUUUUGGUUGUGAAGGCUGCCGAAGCAAUCUUAACAGGUUGUACAACGGAUUUCAAUCAUUCGACAGGCAUCUGUAAAGUCUACAGAAUCCAUUUUGGAGACCUUCUGUUGGAAGCCACAGAUGUUGAUGAGCUGGCACACUUUUGUGUGGGCUGUAAUGGCAGGACUGCCCCUGAUGGUGGCACACUUUGGGUCGAAUGUGAUGGAUGCGAAAGGUGGUGCCACCAAUAUUGCGCAGAUUUUGCGGGUAACGAAGAGUUUUUCUGUGAACACUGCACAUAAAACUUAAGUUUUUGUGUAAUUUUCUUUAAUAAAAUUUAAUAACAUGCA